AUGUCGGCUUCAACAUCAGCAUCCCCCGCAGCGCGCAAGACAAUGCCUUCUGCAUUGACCUUUGAUCUGCAUGUGAAAUGCUCGACAACGAAAGCUCGUGCUAGCACGCUUCAUCUCCCCCAUGGCGCGGUUCCUCUUCCGAUAUUCAUGCCUGUUGCGACACAGGCUUCCCUCAAAGGUCUCACAUAUGACCAGCUCAAGCAGACUGGAUGCAUGCUGUGCUUGAAUAACACAUAUCAUCUGGGAUUAAAACCGGGACAAGCGGUGCUGGACGAAGUGGGUGGUUCACAUAAAUUGCAGGGAUGGGACCGGAAUAUCUUGACUGAUAGUGGCGGGUUUCAAAUGGUGUCUCUGCUUGAACUUGCAACUGUUACAGAGGAGGGUGUCAGGUUUCUCAGCCCACACGAUGGCUCUCCAAUGCUACUCACUCCAGAACACUCCAUCUCAUUACAAAAUUCAAUUGGUUCAGAUAUCAUAAUGCAGCUCGACGACGUGAUCGCUACAACUUCACCAGAUCAUGCCAGAAUUAAAGAAGCUAUGGAGCGGUCUGUUAGAUGGCUGGACCGAUGCAUAGAUGCUCAUAAAAACCCUGAAAAGCAAAAUCUUUUCUGCAUCAUUCAAGGGGGCUUGGAUUUGGAUCUGCGGAAAAAAUGCUGUGAUGAGAUGGUGGCCCGAGAUACUCCAGGAAUUGCCAUAGGAGGUCUCUCUGGUGGUGAGGCGAAGGAUGAUUUCUGCAAAGUGGUCGGUACCUGCACACAGCUUCUGCCAGACCACAAGCCGAGAUAUGUUAUGGGAGUGGGAUAUCCCGAGGAUCUAAUUGUGGGAGUGACGCUUGGUGCGGACAUGUUUGACUGUGUCUGGCCAACAAGAACAGCCCGUUUUGGAAAUGCUGUAACACCCACAGGAACCCUAAACCUCCGUCACAAGUCCUACGCUGAAGAUUUUGCGCCGGUGCAAGAUGGGUGUACGUGCGCCUGCUGCCGGCCUACUAACCAGGGUGGGUUGGGAAUUACAAGGGCAUAUAUUCACCACCUGGCCUCCAAAGAGACAGUUGGAGCCCAUCUUCUCACGAUCCAUAACGUCCACUAUCUCCUGUCGCUAAUGGGAUCUGCGCGACAGGCCAUUCUAGAGGAUCAAUUCCCUGCGUUCUUGCAUAAAUUCUUUGGCGAUCUCUAUGGGGAUAAGUCAAAAUCUCCCCAAUGGGUCAUUGAUGCACUUCGUGGAGUUGGGGUUGAUCUGUUAUCAGACUAG